GCUUGCUGCAGCGUUGGAGCAGUUGUUUGGCGCUGGUGACUGAAUUCACUUGCCUAGCUUGUCAGCAGGCGGAGUCCAAAAUCGUGAGCUCACGGCAGCUGCCAUAUUACACCGCUGCAACAGCUUCUAGUGGCGGUGAGUCGCUAGCAUCAAACGAUCACCGGAGCAACGCUCCACUGGUAACACCCUGGGCGCCGCCACACAAACGCCGCUGUCGCCGCCGCCGUGGCCGCCUGUACAACUGACAGGACGCGCAACCCGAUCUCGAAUAAGCAAGAAUAGCAAAUAGUCUCCUCUGUAUUAGUUAAACUUUGACCGCCGUAGGAAAGAGCCAGGACUGGUUAUAUUGAAACGAUUAAAAAAUAGUGAGAAUGCACGGAGUAGGCCUCAAAUGAUCUCCAGCUAGUGAGUGAAUUGGCAAGAAACAGGAAAAGUGACACCAUUAGUAGCAGAGCAGAUGGCGCCAGUAAUUGCGGCUUUUUGACAAUCGGCUUCACUCGUGAAGCAAAAUUUAGUCCCAGCCUAGUAACGACCUAGAAGCCUUCCAGCUACCGUGUUAUAGACGGCUGCGGUCGCAGUAUAACAGUGCGCAGCUGACAGUGCUUUCCGAUUUGAUAUCUCAAAGCUACAGCGUAGCUACAGUAUACAGCAGUUGGUGAAGCUAGAUAGUAAAGACGCGCGCGGGAAUCACGGUGGCUCCGUGGUAACGUAGACGGCAGAAAGGGUCCUCCGCCGUGGUCGUUCCAUUGACGCGCCAAUUUAUAGCGACCCAUAAAGUUGCUCGCGUGCUUUCUAGCGUAUUGCGUUACCGGCUAUAUUCGGUGCCAGCAUUUCACAAUACUGGCCACCGUGAAUGGUUCGAGGGUCUGGUUCGCACCGACAUGGUUCACAUCGUGCGUGCGUCAGCCAGUGGGUGUUUUGACAAGAUAUCGACAGUAUUGCUGUUGUUACUGUCAGAGAAUGAGGUUCAAGCCAGUAACCCCAUCCAGUAGAAAAGGCGCACAACAUCAACAACAACAAUAAAAGUAAACCACGAAGUAGAAAAGGGACAGGAAAGGGGAAACACUGCCAUUCAGCCAUUAUUCGAGUUAAACUACCAAUUAUAUAUACAUAUGUACGUGGGUAGUAUCGUAUUAGUAUAUAUAUGUAUAUAAGACAAGAUUACUGUACAGCGCUCCAGAGGAACAAGACAAGUCAACCAAAGAGCAUCGAGGAAACGCUUCGGCACCAUGGGAUGCAUUAAUCGACUGAGCUGUUAAAAAAAGGUAUCAGUGGUGUGAUUCAGUGAAGAAAACCGGAUUUUAUCCGAAACUCCACCGUGAACUGACGAUAACUAGAUAGUGGCCCUAGUGACCAACCAAAGCGCGCCACUGCGCUGAUUGAAACCAAAAAACAAGACUAGCAAACGUUUUACGAAACUAGGAGGUUGUAAGGAAAUCGGCUCCGGAGACACAUCGCCAGAUGGCUUGUUGUCCAUAAAGCCCCUCAGUGUGGGCAACUCACAGCAACGACGUAAAGGAUAACCGUCUCAAUUGCCGUUGUUAUUGCAUCAAGAAUCAACAUCUGCAAAAAUAAAAUCGUGGCUUUGUGUGAACGCAACCGCUGUGUUCGAUUCGAGUUAAUGGGCCUCGGACCACUGAAACAGAAGAGCAGCUGACGCUAUUCAAAUGAUGAGUUGUCGAAUAGCUCAAGUUAGAAUUUAUAUUGAGUGAAGAAUCGGUGGAACACGACUGGUGAUUGUCUUGUAGACGGUGGUUCAUCGAAUUGGACAGCCAAUGAACUAAAGUAGAAGGCGGCAAAAGGCUGCGCCGAAGUGACGUCGACUUUCGAGGCAUAACUGAAGACUUCGUAGGAUGAGAAUGCCGUCCGGAGAUCACCGCCGAAAUUCUCCCCUUGCACCUGAGGGUGAGAUCGGUUUUGCCACUUUACCCGAACAGGUGCAUCGUAAAUCAGUAAAAAAGGGUUUCGACUUUACCCUUAUGGUCGUCGGUGAAGCUGGCCUUGGAAAAAGUACCCUUAUCAACUCCCUCUUUCUGAUGGAUCUUUAUGAGGAUCGAAAAUUGCCCUCAGUUGAUGAGCGUAUCGAGCGGACCGUGUAUAUCGAGAAGAAAACAAUGGAGAUUGAAGAGAAAGGAGUUCGACUCCGGUUGACGGUGGUCGACACGCCCGGGUUUGGCGAUGCCUUGAACUGUGAGGACUCAUGGCGCGCGAUUGAGAAGUACAUUGACGAACAGUUUAAUCAGUUUUUCCGCGAUGAAAGCGGACUCAAUCGAAAGAACAUCGUUGACAACCGGGUGCACUGUUGCCUAUACUUCAUCCCGCCGUGGGGUCAUGGGCUUCGUCCACUGGAUAUUGAGUUCAUGAAGCGGCUACAUAAAAAGGUGAACAUUGUACCAGUAAUAGCGAAGGCAGACACGCUUACGCCGAAAGAGGUUGCCGAAUUGAAAAAACGCGUCCUUAAAGAGCUUGAAUGCCAUGAAGUCAUGGUAUACCAACUACCCGAAUGCGACGAAGAUGAAGAUGACGAAUUUAAGGACACUGACCGACAACUUAAGGAGAGUAUACCAUUUGCGGUGGUGUCAAGUUGUCAGGCUGUUGAGGUUGGGGGUCGAAAGGUGCGAGGCCGCGUCUACCCCUGGGGUGUGGUCGAAGUCGAAAACCCUAAACAUUCCGACUUUCUCAAGCUACGCACCUUCCUAAUCAGAGUUAUCAUGGGUUUGUUCAGUUCGCAUAUGCAGGACUUGAAAGAGGUGACCCGAGAUGUUCAUUACGAGAACUAUCGUGCCGAAUACAUUCAAAGCCUUCGAGCAGGAACGGGUGACGGUGAUGGACAGGCAGCCGUUGCAGGUCUGUCGGAAGCAGAUCGAUUGCUUCAGGAGAAAGAAGCUGAGCUACGAAAGAUGCAGGAGAUGCUGGCUCAGAUGCAGGCUAAAUUAAAAGACACUUCAAGGUCUGGAACUCCAUCUGGCUGCACGACCCCGGACACCGCCACCGAUCCACGUUCGCGGAGAGGCUCCCAUGACUUGCUUCACGCGUAACGUGAAGAGCUGCCAUCAAAAUCAACU